AUGCAAUCCGGCGUAUGCGCGGAAAACGGUUUCCGCGCUGCCGCAGCGGGAGGAGAUCUCGCGACGGCGUCCGCGGCAGCGGCGGGGACAAUGGCCAUGGCGGAGACGUGCUCGCAGAGUAUCCGCGCGAGUUCAGCGCCGCAUGCGGAGUUGCUGCAUCUGCCGCUGCUUUCGCAGUCGUGGUCCCCGGAGGAAGAUCGCGAGCUAGAGCGAGCAUUGGCGAGGCUCCAGAGCUGCACAAGCGGAAGCUCGGACGCCCUUUACUCUCCCCCUCACCUCUCCCCCCUUCCGCUCUUCCCCCUCCGCCUGCCCCCUCCGCUCCCCCCUCCGCAGGCUCCAGAGCUGCACAAGCGGAAACUCGGAAGCCCGCAGGCCGCUUCCCCGCGGAAGAAGGCAUCGCGCAGCACAGACACGCGCGGAGCAGCAGCAGCGGACGCAGCGCAUAACGAGGCAGUCAAUGAGGAGGACAGGCUGCUGGCGCAGGGCCUGGGCGAGUCGCCGCCAGUGAAAGCAGAGAACGUUUCCGCCGGGAUCGAAGGGGAAGGGGGCGCGUGGGGGAAUGGGCGCACGUGGGGGGAUGGGGGCAUGAGGGGGGAUGGGGAUGGGGAUGGGGAUGGGGGCGCAAGCGUGAGCGGUGCUCCAGCCAGCGAGUUCUUGCUCACAGCCAUGGCGUCACCACCGGUAGCCACGCGGUCGCCGUCAUCCCCUUUAUUGUCAUCUGCGGUACCGUGGAGUGUGCCGGUGGAGCAGGAGGCGCGGCUGGCGCACAGCACAGUGCUCAUUGAGAAGAUCAAGGAGGCGCUCCGAUUGCAAAAGUUACAAGACUCCAGCCACAUGUUGCAGCAACUGAAGCGCAACCUUGUAUUGUCCGUCGACAGUCGGGACUCGAACUACGCUCUGCGCGAAUUCGCGAAGAUGACGGCGGCGUGCCGUUCUUCCGCAGAGACUCGCGGUCCGCUGGGGCAGCGGAGAGCGUUACCGCGUGUUGCGGCGCUCGGCGCGCUGUGGCCGCGUGUGUCGCUCCGCGUGUGUGUGUCCGUGUGGGUGUUCGCGUGGGCGUGCGCGUGCGCACUGCUGCUUUUCCCUGCUCUGCGCGCAGCGGCGUGGGAGUGCACGAACAUUCCGUCGCAGCCGCACGAGUUCUUUAACAGGUAUCGCCGCCGUGCUCCCCCGCACUCCCCCGCGCUCCCCCGUGCUUCCCCGCGCUCCCCCGUGCUUCCCCGUGCUCCCCCGCACUCCCCCGUGCUCCCCCGCACUCACCCUCCCUCCGUGCGCGAGCACCUCCGCGUGCUGCGCCACCACGCGGACAGCCGCGCAGCCGCGGACGCUCUAGCGGGGAGAACCUCCCGUCCCUCCGCGGACGCUGCAGACACUGCGGGCACUGCGGACGCGGGGGGAAACGGGGGAAGCGGAAAGCGGCGAGCCAUGCUGGAGUGGGUGAGAAGUGGGGGGGGAGGGCGGGUGAGGGUGAGAGGGUGGGCGGGUGGGGGUGAGAGGGUGGGCGGUGCCUACACUUCCUCUCGCCCCAGCCCUCCCACUUCCCCCCUUCCCCUUUCCUCGCUUCCCCAUUUCCCCCCUCCCCCAUCUAGCAGCGCCCACAUCCCUCCACACCCCCCCUCCCCCUCCCUCUCCCCAUCCCUCCCCUCCCCCUUUCCCUUCCUCCGCUUCUUCCCCCCAUGCAUAGCAGCGCCCGCACUUCCUCUCCCCGCUGGCCUUUCCCCAUCUCCCCGUUCCCCCUUCUUACUCCCCCCCUUUCCCCGUCCACUUUUCCCCGCCCCUUUCCCCCCAUGCAUAGCAGCGCCCGCACUUCCUCUCCCCGCUGGCCUUUCCCCAUCUCCCCCUUCCCCCUUCUUACUCCCCCCCUUUCCCCGUCCACUUUUCCCCGCCCCUUUCCCCCCAUGCAUAGCAGCGCCCGCACUUCCUCUCCCCGCUGCCGCUGCAUGCCGUCCGCCUCUCGCCGGCCACGCGUCAGUUUGCCGCCCAGAGCGCCAACCUCGACACCCGCACUUCCUCUCCCCGCUCCCACUCCACGCCGUCCGCCUGUCACCGUCCACCCGUCAGUUUGCCGCCCAGAGCGCCAACCUCGAGUACCUCCUGACGCUCGAUGCCGACCGCCUGCUGUGGUCGUUCCGGCGGACGGCGGGGGAGGAGGAGCCAAUAGGGAGGCCGUAUGGGGGAUGGGAGAACCCCAACAGCGAACUGAGGGGGCACUUCGUGGACACCAUUCGUCUGAUCUGGUUGUUCCGGCGGACAGCAGGGGAGGAGGAGCCAAAGGGGGAAGGGAAGCCAUAUGGGGGAUGGGAGAACCCCACGAGCGAACUCAGGGGGCACUUCGUGGGUAAGUGCGGGAGAGUGAGGGAGGAGUGGGGAAGUGAGGGAGUGAGGGAGUGGGGAAAUGAGGGAGUAAGGGAGUGGGGAAAUGAGGGCCUCUACCUGAGUGCAUCAGCCCUGGCGUGGGCAUCAACAGGAAACGCAACCCUCAAGGCGCGCAUGGAUGGAGUAUGUGAUGGGCAAGGCAGGUCAGCUGCUGCACACGUGUCGUGUCGGCAGAAUGCAGGAAGUGACAUGAACCGGACUGUAUCCCUUUGCCUUCCCGCUCGUCCUUUCGCCCUUCACUCCUCGUUUCACUUCCCUCGUGAUCAUCCAGGCCACUACCUGAGUGCAUCGGCCCUGGCGUGGGCGUCAACGGGCAACACAAACCUUAAAGCCCGCAUGGAUGGAUUACCUGGCCACUACCUGAGUGCAUCAGCCCUGGCGUGGGCAGCAACGGGCAGCACAGCCCCCAGGGCGCGCAAGGAGCCACUACCUGAGUGCGUCGGCCCUGGGCACUACCUGAGUGCAUCAGCCCUGGCGUGGGCGUCCACAGGCAACACAACCUUGAAAGCCCGCAUGGAGUAUGUGGUGGGCGAGCUGGACACGUGUCAGCAGCGCAUUGGCUCGGGGUACCUCUCUGCGUUCCCCGAGGAGUUCUUUGACCGUGUGGAGGCCAUCCAGCCCGUGUAUUAUGAGAAGAGGAGGGGGAAGGGGAGGGGGAAGAAGCGCAUUGGCUCGGGGUACCUCUCUGCUUUCCCCGAGGAGUUCUUCGACCGCGUGGAGGCCAUCAAGCCCGUAUCAUGGCUGGUCCGCUUGCCGCUAUCACCAAGUGCAAGCGGGUCACUCAAGUGCUCUCUCCCCCAAUCCCCUCCUCCUCCCCCCCUUCCCUCCACGCACACCAUGGGCGGCCUGUUGGACCAGUACCAGCUGGGCGGCACCAGCUGGGCGGCACCAGAUGGGCGGCACCAGAUGGGCGGCACCAGAUGGGCGGCACCAGAUGGGCGGCACCAGCUGGGCGGCACCAGCUGCCAGACCAGUGACUUGCUUUCCCCUCCUCUCACUCCACUGCUCUCUCUCUCCCCAACCUCCUCCUCUCCCACUCUCUCCCUCAGAUCAUGGCCGGCCUUCUGGACCAGUACCAGCUGGGCGGCAAAUACUCUUGUCUCACCGACUCAUUCCGCCCUCCUCUCACUCUGCGGCUCUCUCUCCCCAACCUCCUCCUCUGCCCCCAUACUUCCCCCACAGAUCAUGGCCGGUCUGCUAGACCAGUACGAGCUGGGCGGCAACCGGGCGGCGCUGCGCAUGCUGACGUGGAUGGCGGAGUACUUUCGGGGGCGCGUGCAGCGAGUCAUCGAGCGCCACACGGUGGCACGCCAUUGGCUGUCGCUCAACGAGGAGUUUGGCGGCAUGAACGAUUUGCUUUAUCGCCUCUAUGCAGUCACGAAAAACCCCCACCACCUAGAGCUGGCCCAUCUGUUUGACAAGCCGUGCUUCCUGGGUCCACUAGCGGUGGGGGCGGACGACCUGCCAGGGCUGCACGCCAACACGCACAUCCCCAUUGCCAUCGGCGCUCAGAUGCGCUACGAGGCCACUGGGGACAGCUUAUAUCGGCACCUCUCCCACCACUUCCUCGCUCUCGUCAACACCUCGCACUCCUUCACCUCUGGAGGCACCUCCGCCUUUGAGUUCUGGCAAGAGCCGCAUCGGAGUGGGCACAUACUGGCACAGGAGGACCAGGAAUCGUGCACCACGUACAACAUGCUCAAGAUGGCGCGCAAUGCUUUCCGCUGGUCCCGGUCAGUGCGCUUCAUGGAUUACUACGAGCGGGCUAUGAUGAACGGGGUCAUGGGCAUUCAACGUGGCACACAGCCCGGCGUGAUGAUAUACAUGCUACCACAUGGGCCAGGUAACAGCAAGGCACGCGGUUACCACGGGUGGGGCACGCCCUUCGACUCCUUCUGGUGCUGCUACGGCACGGGCAUAGAGUCAUUUGCAAAGCUUGGGGAUUCGAUUUACUUUGAGUCGCCAGUCAAGAGCGGCCGGCAGAACAGCACCGACGGGCGGCGCUUCUUGUCUGCUUCUGCCACGUCAAAAUCCUCCUCCUCCGUGCCUCGUCUGUACGUGGUCCAGUUCGUCUCCAGCGUGCUGACGUGGCAGUCCGCGCAGCUAGCGCUCCAGAUGACUGCCACGUGGCCCUCCUCCAUCCGGCCAAUCCUGGAGGUCCAGCUGGAAGUGAUUCCAUGGAAUGGGGGAAACGAGGAGAGUGGUCGAGCGGCAACAGGGAGAGCAGAGGGAGCAGAAGCAGAAGAAUCGGCAUCAGGGGGAAGGGAGGGAGAGAGUGGACAAGCAGUAUGGGAAGGGGUAGAGGAAGCACAAGGAGUGGCGGCAGCUGCAGGCAGUGCGGUAGCAGACGGUGCAGCGGAAGGCAGUUCGGUAGCAGACGGUGCAGCGGAAGACAGUGCGGUAGCAGACGGUGCAGCAGCCGAGGUGUAUCUCCGCAUUCCCUCCUGGGCUGCUGCUGCUGCUGCUUCUUCUGCUUCCGGUUCCACCCCUCACUGCACAGCCAGUCUCAACGGGAACAGCCUGCCAUGCCCCAAGCCAGGAAAGUUCCUGCGAGUGCGCAGGGAGUGGAGGGAGGGUGACGUCAUCUCUCUCAACAUCUCCUUCACGCUGCGAGCGGAGCGCAUUCAAGACGACCGUCCCCAAUACGCCUCGCUCCACUCCAUCCUCUUCGGUCCGCAUCUCUUGGUCGGCCUAACGGACGGCGAUCGCGAGCUCAUCCCAGGCUUCGACCCGUCACACCCUGCCACGUGGAUCCGCCCCGUGGACCCUGAGGUGCUCAACCAGCAACUGAUCUCCCUGUCACUGCUCGCACCGCCACAUCAGCAGCCACGUCAGCAGGAGCGGGACGGCAACGAGAGGGCCGGCGGCAGUGAUGAGAGCGCUGAUCAGUACGUUGUCUGGCGCCGAAGUGAUGAGAAACAGCCAUUGGCAGGUGGUACUCCGUUGCUGGCUGGGCUGACACGUGGCAGGCCAGGAGAGGGCACAGAGGAAGCCAUGUCAGCAACGUUCAGAGUGCGAGGGCCGGUGGAACGGAGGGGAGGGGACAUUGGUAUGAAAAGGAGGGAAAGAGCGGACGAGGAAGAGGCAGGGGGAAGAGAGAAGAGCGAGCAGGGAGAGAAGUGGGAGCAGGGAGAGAAGGAGAAGGAGGAGUGGCGGUGGGACAGCGGCGGUGUGGCUGCUCUGAAUGGCCGGGAGAUCUCCCUCGAGCUGCUGGAGAUUCCUGGAAGCUUCCUGGCCGUGGACUGGUGCGGUGGGGGCGGAGCAGGGCGGACUGAGGGGGGGAAGGGGGAGGUCGAGGGGGGAAAGGUAACAGCAGCAGGGGCAGGGUCAGCAGCAGGGGAGACACGGAGGCUGGUAUGGCGGACGAGGGGUGAGAUGAACGCAUGCCGGAGUGAGAUGCUGCCGGGUGGGAAGGCUGAGUCGACUGGAGACGUUGUUGCGUGUCGGGCUGGGCGGGCUGCUGUGUUCCGACUCGUUGCCGGGGAGGAGGGCAGUGGUGAAGGGGUGAUGCUGGAAGGGUCGAGACUGGAAGGGGUUAGGCUGGAGCUGGCAGAAUGCCCCGAGUGGGUCGUUUCUCUAGACACUAGCAGCAGCAGCCUUGGCAGUGGCAGCACAGCAGCCAGUCUGGUGGUUCAACGCACAGGAAAACCAUCCGAUUCCUGGGCCCCUCCUCUCCCGUGUUCGUCUCCCGCGGUGCUCUUCUCGAUCCAUGAGGGCCUGGCAGCAGGCAGCGCCAUGAGCUUCAUUGCCAAGGGAGCCUCGCGGGAUUUCCUGCUGCAGCCGAUAUCGGAGUUGAGAGAUGAGCGUUACACCUCCUACUUCAAUGUCACCGCCGCCCCGCCACCUGCCCCGCCCUCUCCCCCUCCCUCUCCUCCCUCCCCUGCUCCAGCCCCAUCAUACUGA